CCCAAGUGUGUUGUAAUCAUGCUGACCAGCAAGGGCAAGGGGUUCUUUCACUUUGGUGUGUGUCUCUGGUUCUUUAUUUUCAUACCUGUCUUGAAAGGUAGGUUUUCUUCCUCCUGUGCCUCAGAGGAGAAGCUCUUCCACAGACUCUUUUCUCACUAUAACCAGUUUAUCAGGCCAGUGGCAAAUGUUUCUGACCCUGUCACAGUGCAUUUUGAAGUGGCUAUCACACAACUGGCCAACGUGGAUGAAGUAAACCAGAUCAUGGAGACCAAUUUGUGGCUACGUCAUAUCUGGAAUGAUUAUAAAUUGCGCUGGGACCCAACAGAAUAUGAUGGCAUUGAGACUCUUCAUGUUCCAGCAGAUAAGAUCUGGAAGCCUGACAUUGUUCUCUAUAAUAAUGCUGUUGGUGAUUUCCAAGUGGAAGGCAAGACAAAAGCUCUUGUGAAAUAUGAUGGUAUGAUCACCUGGACCCCACCAGCUAUUUUCAAGAGUUCCUGUCCUAUGGAUAUCACCUUUUUCCCUUUUGAUCACCAAAACUGUUCUCUGAAAUUUGGUUCCUGGACAUAUGACAAAGCUGAAAUUGAUCUUCUCAUCAUUGGAUCCAAAGUUGACAUGAAUGAUUUUUGGGAAAACAGUGAAUGGGAAAUCGUUGAUGCUUCGGGUUAUAAGCAUGACAUAAAAUACAACUGCUGUGAAGAGAUAUACACAGACAUCACCUACUCGUUUUACAUUAGGAGACUGCCAAUGUUUUACACCAUCAACCUCAUCAUCCCCUGUCUUUUUAUUUCGUUUCUAACUGUGUUGGUGUUUUAUCUCCCUUCUGACUGUGGUGAAAAAGUGACACUUUGCAUUUCGGUUCUCCUUUCACUGACUGUGUUUCUGCUGGUAAUCACAGAAACCAUCCCAUCCACAUCCCUUGUGAUCCCACUGGUGGGAGAGUACCUCUUAUUCACCAUGAUCUUCGUCACACUUUCCAUUGUGGUGACUGUGUUUGUGUUGAACAUACACUAUCGCACCCCCACAACACAUACCAUACCUAGAUGGGUGAAGGUGGCUUUCCUCCAGCUAUUACCUCAGGUCCUGAUGAUGAGGAGACCCGUGGACAAGCUGAGGGUUGUGAGUUCUGAUGAAGCCCCCAAAGGUAUUUCCAGCAGGCCUGCCAAAGUCGAGUUUGAAAACCACAGUGAGCCCAAACUGCUUCAGGAUUGCUGUCAUUGCCGUAAGUCAAGUAAGCUUGCCACCAGCAAGAGACGAUUAAGUAGGCAGCCUUUGCAAUGGAUGGCUGAAAAUUCAGAGCACUCUCCUGAAGUGGAAGAUGUGAUCAAUAGUAUCCAGUUCAUAGCAGAAAACAUGAAGAACCAAAAUGAAACCAAAGAGGUAGCAGAUGACUGGAAAUAUGUGGCCAUGGUGGUGGAUAGAGUCUUUCUUUGGAUAUUUAUCGUUGUCUGUGUAUUUGGAACUGCAGGACUGUUUCUGCAGCCACUUCUGGGGAAUACAGGAAAAUCUUAAGGAUCCAUUUUUGCUUUAUCUUCAGAAACAUA